AUGCUGUUGCUGCUGCUGCCCCUGCUUCUGGGAAGGGACAGAGCUGAGGGCCAGGCAAGGGAGCAUGGGAAUGAGUUCCGUCUUCAAGUGCAGAGCCCACAGACAGUACAGGCCGGCUUGCAUCUCCACGUGCCCUGCACAGUCAAGUACCCCAGGAAGGACUGGAUCGACUCGGACCCAGCUUAUGGCUUCUGGUUCCGGAAAGGCGCUCAUGUACUCCAAGAUCUUCCAGUGGCUACAAACCUGCCAGGUGUUAAAGUCCAGAAGGAGACCCGGGGCCGAUUCCUCCUCCUUGGAGAUCUCCGGGAGAACAACUGCUCCUUAGACAUCAGAGACGUCAGGAUGAAGGACGCUGGGUCUUACUUUUUUCGGUUGGAGAGAGGAAGACUGAAAUAUACUUACCUAUUACCUGAGCUGUCUGUGAAUGUUACAGCUCUAACACAGACACCCAAGAUCCACAUCCAGAGGUCCCUAGAGUCUGGAAAGUCUACAGAAAUAGCCUGUAAGGUGCCUUGGGCCUGUAAGAAGGGGACACUCCCCACCUUCUCUUGGAUUGGUGUUGCCCUCACAUCCCUGGACCCAAAGACUCUCCGUCACUCAGUACUGUCCUUCACCCCGAAGCCACAUCACCACGGCACCAACCUUACCUGUCAAGUGACCUUCCCUGGAGCAGGUGUGACCACAGAGAGCACCAUCCAGCUCAAUGUGUCCUAUGCUCCACAGAAUGUGACCAUCGGCCUGUUCUGGGAAAAUGGCACAGGAUCAGAAGCCCUGAGCAAUAACACACCUCUUCCAGUUCUGGAGGGCCAGUUCUUACGUCUAAUCUGUACUGCUGACAGCAAUCCCCCUCCCACGCUGAGCUGGGCACGGGAGAACCGAACCUUGAGUCCCCCCAAACUGUUGCAUCCAGGCAUUCUGGAACUCCCUUAUGUGAAGUUGGGGGACCAGGGAAAGUAUAUCUGCAAAGCUGAGAAUACACUGGGCUCCCUGGCAGCAUGCUUGAUCCUCUCUGUGAACAGCAGUCCCUUGGACCACCCAAACUCAGCAGCAGCUGAGCCCACCUCGAAUGAGGGGCUGGAGCUUCACUAUGCCUGUGUCAACUUCCAAGAGGUGAAGAAGCCCUGGAACUCAGCGGAACAGGAGAGCACCGAUGCCACUGAAUACUCAGAAAUCAAGAUCCAAAAAUUUGUGGAAGCCAUCAACCUCCUAGCUGCGUGA